UACCUACAAUACACACAACACUUUUUACAUUUUUUUACUAGGCUGUAAAUAAGCUCAAACUGAAAAGCAAUUAAUACUUUUUGAAAUAAAUUACGAUAUGGCUGGUACUGUUAGACUUUUUCAUAUUAUAAUGCAGGCUUGAGACAGAAUAAAAAGCGGGUAGGCAUGCAGUUAGUGAGGCAGGAGGACGUCUUUGAGUCCUCAGUAAUUGUGCGCGCUCGAGUUUGUGCCUCGCAGUCGCUGAACAGCCACAAAAGAGUUUAUAUAUCUUAUGUAAUUAUAUGUUAAAGGAAAAAUGAAAGUGAAUAGCGUUUUCUGAUGUUCAGAUUUUUUAUAUAUCUGUAAAGCUAAUGAAAACUUAUGGUUUCAUGUGCCUUUAAUGUAGCAAUGUUCUAAAACUUGACUACUUCUAAAAGUUCUCAUUUAGAAGUAGUCAAGUUUUUAAGUUUACGUCAAGCAAUUUCUUUAAAUUCGAUUUCUAUUUCAUGUUCAUCUACUCUCAGUUGUUUCUUCCUUUUUUUAUCAAAUCAAAUGAAUAACGUCAAAAUUUGUAAUGCCAUAUAUCCAUUAGACAUUUUUCAAAAUAUUAUUUGUUCAAGAUACAUACACCCAAUUCAUAACAAUCAUGUUAAAAAUGUAGUCCAAAUUAGUCCUAACUAUUGGUAUUAAUCCCACACAUUAAAGACUCCUUGUCUCAAUAACUAUGAAGACGUGUUCUAAGCGUGCACGUGACAAAGGUCCCUCUAAGUAGCACAUUUCUCGAGGUGUCAUUAGGAUUAUAAUAUUUCCAUUAGUAGCCUUCAGACGAGCAGGGAAAAUGGAGCGCUUCCUUUUACGCUGGCACCGACAAUUGACUUGUACUACACCCUGUUGAUACUAAAACAAUGACGCAAGGGCCUUUAAUCAAAGAUGAACAUAACCUUUAAUAUGGUACGAUGACGUGAAAGCGAUGCUGCUGCAGCAGGCGUCGUCGUCGCCUGGUCCCAGCGGCACGGCGAGUCCUAAACUAGCUCCCAGUCCCAGACCGAACCCAAGUCCGAGUUUUAGUACGAGAGCGACGGGUAGCCCCAGUUUGAGCGAUGGAGCUUCAAGCUCGAAUAGUUCCAAGUUGGGUGCCAAUAGCCCCAAGUUGGGCGCCAGUCCAAAGUAUGGCAGUCCGCGGCUGGGGACUGGGAGCCCAAAGCUGGGCCGCGGGGCUCUGGAGGACGAGGCUGCUCUGGAGAGGCUGCAGGCCGAGCUGAAGGAGGGCUGGACGGUGCACACGGGGAGAGAUGGUAGACUGUACUAUUGCAAUCACAUCACACGGACCGCAAGCUGGCUUCCUCCUGCCGAGAGCUGGCCUGCAGGCAAGGAGGGCAGCGCCAGCGGCAGCGAGCAGGACGAAGAGGAGCUGCCUUACGGAUGGGAGCAGGCGCUGGACUGCCAUGGAAAACCUUAUUACAUCAACCAUGUCAACAAGACUACGACGUACGUGGCUCCUGAAGGCUGUUCGUGCGAGUCUCCCCCGGCGCCGCGCGACGUGGUGCUGGAGAGAGACCCGGAACUCGGCUUCGGGUUCGUGGCGGGAUCCGAGAGACCCGUGCUCGUGCGGUUCGUGACCGAUAACUCGCCCAGUGUUGGGAAGCUGGAACCAGGUGACCAGAUCCUAUGCGUCAACGGCGAGGAUGUCAGCCACGCGGCUCGUGAGCACGUCAUUUCCGCCGUGCGAGCUUGCACGGAGCGCGUGACCCUGAGGGUCUGCCAGCCGGCCAGGAGCGGCAACCCAGCCAGACGAUCAGCCCUGCUGUCAGCAGCGAAGAGGGCCAGGCUGAGGGCAAGACCACCGAGGGUUAGGUUUGCUGAUUCAGUACAGCUGAACGGUGCGCCUAUGUAUCCACCCUCAGCAUUCUCCCUCGGCGACCUCUGCUUACCACCGAUGGCAAAUGUCUUAAAAGUGUUCCUGGAGAAUGGUCAGACGAAAUCUUUUAAAUACGACACCACCACCACGGUAGCUGACGUGGUGACGAGCCUCAAGGACAAGCUCUGCAUCACCGCCGAAGAACACUUCAGUCUGGUGGUAGAACACGUCAAGAGUUUGAGGAGAAACAAACUGACGCUGUUGGACCCCAAGGAGUCGUUAGCCAGGGUAAUCAGCUGGAUUGCAGCGAGACCUGGGUCGUAUAAAAUGCGGUGCCUGUUCCGUAUAGUCUUCAUGCCGACUUCUGCAGCUGAGCUGGCACAGAGGGAUCUUGCUGCACUGGACUACUUGUAUAUGCAGUGCUGUAAUGAUGUGGCGCAAGAGAGGUUCGCGCCGGAGCUCCAACCUGACGUGGCGUUGAGGCUCGCAGCCUUGCAUAUGCAUCAACACGCGCUGGCGAAUAAUAUGUCUCCGGCUAAAUUAACUGUGAAGGCGGUUGAGAGAGAGUUCGGUCUGGAGCGGUUUGUCCCCAGCGGCUUGCUGGAGAGCAUGAAGCGCAAGGAGCUGCGCCGACUGAUCGCGCACUUCCUGAAGCUGAACUCACAGAUGACCGGCAGCCAGAGGCAGCUGACGCAGUUACAGGCUAAGCUUCACUACCUGGACAUAGUGGCGGGGCUGCCGAGCUACGGCGCGAAGUGCUUCAGCAGCAGCCGGCCGGAGCGCGUGCUGCUCGUGUCGCCGCGCUUCGGACUCAGUCAGAUCGUUGGCAGGAGUAACUCUGUUCCCCAGCCUAUCGCCUCCCUAGAGGAGGUGGAGGGUAUCAGAGUGAAGCGCGACUGGUCUAGCGGCGGCGCGGACGUGGCCAUCUUCCUGCAGCGGGACCGCGUGCUCGCGCUGCUCAUGGACGAGCGGGACGCGGCCGAGAUGCCGCUCAUCAUUGCUGGGUAUUAUCGCCUCGUGACAGGACAAGACCUUAAUGUCGAACAAGAAAGAGAACCUCUCACAGAAGACAUAGCUCCACCAUACUUGUCUCAACACAAUGUGGUGCCAGCUAAAUGGAGUUACCUCCACUACGACGAUCCGACGACAAUUACAAAGAAACAUUUUGCGAUAUUCAGCAUGCCGCCUCCCUACCACUCCACACCCGACCAGACCAAGUCUCUGGACACCAACAUGAACACCAACAUCAACAAUAGGAACCACAGCAACAACUCCAGCCCUCUAAUAGGUUAUGAUUCUAAAUCUGGCCUUCUUGGCCACGAUGUUCACUUCGAAAAAUGUAAAAGGAACGAGGAAUUUAGGCUGUUUGAUCCUAAUGACGCGUGCUACCUCGACGACGGCAUGGGCUUCGACCUUCAAAGCGUUCUGUCGAUGGAACUCUUAGAGAAUGCGAACAACCCAAGGCUAGUCGAGGCUAAAAAUGAAGAAGUUCUAAGAAGAGUCGCAGAAAUGCAGAAGUUAGUUGAAAACUCUGAACAAUAUUUGACUGAGAAUUCCGAUUAUGAUGCUUAUCAUGAGAAUUUAAGGGAUGAGUUGGUCGGAAAAGAAACUUGUGUAGAUAAUGUGGAAAGUGAUACAGAAUCAAAUACCAGUCGGAUGUCGUCAGCAGAUGACGCGCCUGGUAUAUUGAAACACAGUGAUUCUUUGCUUCUACUUACAGAAACAAUUAAUCAAGGGUUAAACGGAUUGAGCGUACCAGAGAAUGGGAAAGACAAUAAUAGCUUAACUACUCGUCAGUCUCAAGGGCUGAGCGCUAUACUUAAUAAUUGUGGACUGACAGAUGCCUUGAUAGCUUUGAACACGGAUAUGUGCCACUCAGAGAGUGACAAUGAUUCGCUUUACACACCUACUAGUAGCCCAAUUCGUAAACAUUCAAUCAAAUCUGCGACCAAAGGGGUCAGAACGAGUUUUGGAUUAGUGAGCCCUGAUGCAACGCAAGACAAUAAAGAACCAAACCUUAAGGAAUAUUUAAAGCAACUUAGAGAGAAGAGUAGUAAAGAGGAAGCGAGACCGACUGAAUAUCCUUUCUUUUACCAAGAAAGUGUAGUUGAUAAUGAUGCUGAGCUUAUAGAUUUAACUUUGAUACCUCCCCCACAAACUCCCGAUGAACUAGAUAGUGCUACGCAAGUGCCUCAAAUAUUACCUAUUGUUCCGCCAUCGUUUGCUGAUGACAAAGUUAAUUCACAAGAAAACUUAGCUAACGCACCAAAAAAGAAUGCACUUGAAGAAUUCAUAGCUAAUGUUACGAUUCAACCACCAACUGUAAAAGUCACACCAGCCAUAGAAUUAACUCCAGAAGAAAUAAUGUCAUAUAUCAUACCACCGCCACCAGCUUCAAACUCAUCAACAUUAGAUAGAGAACAAGUAAGCUAUGCUAAUCAUAGUCAAAUACUUGAAGCUAAGAAAGAACAAGCGAACAGCGAAGCAAAACCUUCAAAUGGGGACGUUGUAAAGGGCACAUUAAGCGUCAGUGAGAUUAGAAAUAUGUUUGCAGCAAAAAGUCUUAGUGAUGCCAGAAAUAGUUUGCUCUUAAAAGAUAAAGAAAGAAGUAAAACAGCGCAAGCAAAAUCAGACUCGCCAAAAGGGAAAAGAAAAAGUGUAUCAUCUAGUGAUAAGCAGUCAAAUGGCACUGCACAUGUCAUAGAAUACCCGACUGUUGAAAGAAAGGGCAUGUUCUCAUGUUGCAGUAAAGAAAAAAAUAAGUCUGAAGAAAAUUCAGAUGAAGGUGAAAAAGCAGACGCACAAAUACAAAACUCGGACUCAAUACCCGACGUAUGUGAAAUCAGACCACCGCCGCGUAGAAAAGGAUCAGAUUGCAGAAAAGCUCCUGAAAGACCACCUAAAACUCCACCAACUCCCGCACCGAGACCUCGAUCAAACUCCUUUACCUGCCUCAACAACGAACUGACAGCAGUUGAAAUAACGAACAAUCACUUCAGUACAUUGAAUAAUAGAAAGUUAAAUUACAAAGUCAUUUGUGAUAUAAACGAGCAAAGUAUGCAGAAUCCACCUCAGUUACCUCCGAGAUUGGAGAACAAGGUCCUAUCACCACCUCCACCGAUAUUACUACCACCUAAGAAGCCGCCUCUACCGCCGGUCCCGAGCAUUGAGGUACUAAGAAUGAAGAAUGCCCAGAAACAAUCACCGUUACGAAACCCGGAACAACGCUUAGCAAGUAUUGGAUCGCCACACUUUCAAAGAAACCUGAACACCUUGGGGAACCUGGAGCUAGAAAACCGGCUGACAGAAGAAGAGACACAAAACAUUAGAUCAACUCCGAACUACAGUUCGAUGACUUUACAGAGUCGCCAUGUGAGAUCAAACUCUGAAACGAAGAACACAAUAUUAAAGAACAACACAGCACUUUCUCUCUGUUCGCCCCAAAUGAACAGGAGGUUUAGCAACAGGCCUGAUUUGCUGAACGGUGCACCUGGUGAGCGAGUGUUCAGUCCACCACUGUCGGAGCGGCAGUCGUUUCGGCGUGAUAGUGCAAGCCCGACCCCAAAGGUUCAAAACCACGUGAGGUUCAAAGAUGAAGUUGUGGAUGAUAUUCCAACACCACCAUCGCCACCCACGGUAAAGUUCCCGGAUUUUCAGGCAGGAAAUAAUGGGCACGUGUCCAUAGAGAACCUGUUGUGCAAGACUGAGGUGGCGGUGGAUGGGUUACUGCAGCGGUUACAUCAGGUCGCACAGAAGUGCUCGCAUCAGCAUGCUCACGGCGGCGGCGAAGAUAUCGAUGAAGCUAAGUUUCAGCGUGCUCGCAGCGAGCUGACGUCAUGCGCGGUGACGCUGGUGGGCGCAUCGCGAGCGCUGGUGGGGGCCCUCGGGGGCUCGCAGGGGGGCACGGCCGCCACUGCACUCGCGGACUGCCUCACGCCGCUCAGGAGACUGUCCGAUUUGGCACAGGCUCUCGGCAGGCACACAUCAGCGCCGCUACAAACAAGAAACUUGGUCCUUCGAGUCCACGAUGUGACUGCAGCCUUCAAAGAGUUAGCCGGAGCUGAAAUGGCACAAAUUAUUCACGAACAUAACACGAAGAAGUCACAAGGACCGGGACAUGAGACCAAUUCUACCCUGGAAGGUCAACUGGCCCUUCGAGCCGAAUGCCUUGCGAAUGUCCUGGCUACCUUGUUACGAAGUCUCAGAGUAUUUUCUCCAUAAGAGAGAAAAGACCAAAUUCUUUAUUUUAAGUUUAAUAUCUAUUGUUUCGUUUUCAUUAUGUAUAAUGUAAUUUGACAAGAAAAUGAAGGAUAGCGUAAUAAAAAGGAGAGAUGAUCGAAGUUAGAUAGGAAUGAUGCAAAUAUUUGUACAGCGCGAAGCAUGACUGGUAAGUUGCUGACUCGGCACGCGUGGUCUAGCGAUAUAGUAAAAUCGAUUUUUACGUAUAAUUUUAAUUAUUAAUUAAAUUAUUUAUCGAUUUUAUAUGAAAUAUCAUGGGACAGCUAAUAUUUAAUAUCUAUAUUGUCAAGAUGUUCGGAAGAUGAAUCUCAAACAUGCAAAUAUGGCGCUCGUUUGAUCUGUUUCGACGAGGGAAGACAAAUAAGCAGUUUUGAUGAUCUGUAAAUUCAUUAUGUAUAGAUUUAAUUUGUUAAUCAAUUUCUGUUAAUAAAUAAUAACCGUUACUAAAAUGAGACCAAAUAAAUUUAGGUACGUUUUUUAAAUAAUUCAAAAGAUUUUCGUAGUUGGCAACAUUUGUGUUAUUUUAUCUUUUACGUAAUGACCUGUGGUUGUUGAUCCUAAAUACUUUAAAAGUUUUUUCAAGAAGUAUAAAAUAAUUUGGAUAUGAAGAGAAGAUAAAGUGGGUCAUUACUUGAAAGAGAAUUUAGGUUGUAGAUUGUAAAUUUUAAUGUUAAUGUUCACAUAUGUUGUUAAUAUAAUUUUUGCGAAGUAAUUAUAAUUAUAACUUGUUUUAACUUGAAGCAUAAUUAUGAACUUCUGUUGACAGUAGAUCAGAAUCAUAUCACUGUUAGGAAAACUAAAAUAUAAUGUGUUUCACAUAUGAUCUAUACUUAGCAUAUCAAAAUUAAACUUCAUUAGUUUUCAAUGAAUUUGGAAAGCAUAGAAUUUAUAAAGAGGAAAAUUCUCUAAUAUGUUAAAGACUCAAGCAGAAAAUAUGUAUACUGUCUAAAAUUAUUACUGGCGCCUAUAGACAAGUGAUAUUUUUACAAGCAUUGAAGUUGAUAAAAAAGCGAUGUAAAUGAUAUUUCACUUGUACAAGUGGUUUAUAACCUGUCCGCUCUAAAUUCACCCUUUUGACAAGUGGUCAAACUAUCAAUGAAAAAGCGGGCAACAGGUUACAGAUUCAAUUUAAUGUGAAUUGACUAAAGUCACACGUCAAGGAUUUGUUUCUUUGACAACUGUCAAAAGAGUAAACUCAGAAGCGACUGAGUGUUGUCCUGUGUUCCUGUCGCGUCCGAACAUUUACAAUUCCAUGUUAGUAUUUGUAGAAAUGUCACUUAUCUACAGUCGCAGAUUUUCUGGCUUUUAUUGUCUAUUACCGUAGACGAAGUGUUACCAUAGUUUAAUUAAUUUUACCAUAAUACAUAUCUAUUUAUACAAGAAUGUAAUGUAUAUUUUCUAUCUUAAGAGAGUGAUCGGGAAUAGGGUGGGAGCUGUGUAAUCUCUAUCUAUCUUACCAUAUCUUAUUCUUUAGGCAUCUGUAAUCGAUACAUCUCAUACGCGCAUGCGCAGUCUACAGUUAAUCCAUUGUUUGUCACAUAAAUAUUAAAAUACGAAAUUAAAACUCCAUUAAGGGUUGUAACGAUAUUAUCGCGAAUUUGCAUAAAGUUUGGUGUUGCUAGCUGUUAAUUUGUUCAACAAUGUUGCCAGCAAUCGUUUUUUGGUACACGCGAUGUGCUGAUAUUAAAAUAUUGGUGCUAUUUUGAGAAAAAAGUGUACGUUUUUGGUAUUGUAAUUGGUUGGAUUGUUCAUUUGUUUUGCGAGUACAUAAAUGAUACUUAUGUAAUGCACCAGAGAUUUGAACUUUUUAUGUAACUACGUAAGGUUGUUUUUGCAACGCAAUAAACUAAACUAAGGGCAAUCUGACGCAUGAUGUAUUAAGAAUAACCUGUAUCUAUUUCCUCGCCUGUUUAGUACAAUUUUGUUUUCUCUGCUGGUAUCCCAAAGCUAAGGUUACCAAAGACGAGAGUUUUUCAUAUAUUUUAUGUUGUUUCUUGAUUUUGUUUACAUUUAUUGAUGACUCGGCUUGAUAUAUCUCUUCAUGUACCUUAGAGCAGAGAACAGUUCUGUCGAUGUUGAAUAGAUUGUUUUAUAUGUUGGUGAUAUGCGUGAGUUGACUGAGAAUCGUGUUCCUGAUUGGAUAGCAUAAUAAAGAGACCGCCAACAGGCAAAGGGAGAUAGUUCCCAUUCCAUUUAACCCGUUUUUUGCCCUCCGGGGUGGUAAUGACUUCAACCCACGUCGAGGGCACGGCGUGGGGAUGUGUCGUAUUUCCACCGACUAAAAACACCCCGGACCCUUCUACUGCUUUAGCCAGAGUCACGUGAUCACUUGCGCAUGCUCUGCGCGACUUCAUUUUACCCUGACCCUCAGUCAAGAGUCACAUGAAAGUCAAGAAGAUUAGUUGUAUCAUCUAACUUGUACAAAAACUCAACACAUUUGCCUAAGACAUCUAAGUUCCUAUUAAGGCUCACAUGAGCAAUAACUUAACCAAUAAAUUACCCGUUGACAAGCGUUUACGAUCAUACCAAUCGCAAAAUGGCGAUGGCAUACAAAAAGUCACGUGAUUCAGGACUGUCAAGUCCAUUCACUUUAGAGAUUCAAUCACCGUUAUUUAUUUUAUAUGUUCAACUUAUCUUGGAAGGUAUCUAUUAAGUAUUGAAGGAAAACAAUAACUCCUAUACCAAGUGUUAGCUAUUAAAAAGCUCAACUAUUUGACGUUGGUAAGUCUCAGUCACCUCAUGUUACAAUCAGCUCGUGUUCACGUGUAUAAAAUGUUUGGAUCGUACUUUAAUCGUUAUACAAAACACACCAGUUUAUUUAUUGUUCCCAAGUAACAAUGCAAUGCAUUUGAUGUAAUAAACAAUAUAAAUAUU